CAUUUUUGGUAUAUCAUGAUUCUGUUGUCAAAGCGCCUUAGUGAGAACUGUUUUUUUUUUUUUUUUCCCUCUCUCUAUAUAUAAAGAUACAAAGAUUUGUGAGUUGAAACCUAGUUAAUGCGAAGGGUUUGAGGUUGUUCCGAAAUCAGAAUUGAGCAAAGAAAAGUGAGAGGAUGCAAGCUGUGUGGUUGAGGCUUAGGUUUUCCAAUUCCAACACCAAGUCUCUUUUCAAACAUUUAUAUUCUUCUUAUGCAUGUUCUCCCUCACCAUUGAAUUUGAACUCACUACCAUCGCCACCUUCUGCUUCCUCUACCGCUACCAACUUGUUCACCUCUCCAUGGUCUGCUUCUCAAUGUCGGGGAAUCAAAGUAUCUGGUUCUGAUAUUAGAGUCGGAAAUAUCAUUGGAAAACAAGGGCGCAUUUACGAGGUUCUUAAAGUAGAUCACUCUCAUGAAGGAAGAGGAAAAGCCACAAUCAAGGUGGAACUUCGUGACAUUGGCCAGGGAAACAAGGUAACACAAAGAAUGGGUACUGAUGAGGAUAUUGAAAGGGUUUAUGUUCAGGAGAAGACUUUCAUGUUUAUGUGCAUGGAUCAUGAUGGAACUGUAGUAUUGAUGGACCCUGAUACAUUGGAUCAAAUUGAAGUUUCCAAGGACUUGUUCAACAAGGAUUGUUUAUAUCUACGAGAUGAAAUGAAAGUUAAGGUACAAUUUUAUGAUGACAAACCUUUAUCUGCAUCUGUUCCAAAACGUGUAACAUGUAUUGUCAAGGAAGCUGUUGCAGCCACUCCGAGGAAUAAAAAGGUAGUACUGGACAAUGGCCUUACAGUUGAAGUUCCGCCGCACAUCGUAGCUGGUGAUGCCAUAGUUGUUAAUACAGAGGAUGACUCCUACAUAGAAAGGGCCAAAGGAUAGUGUGACUUCAGCCAAGAUUUGAGCAGAUAUGGAUUUCACACGACAAGUGACCUUUUUAUUUUGCCUCAUAGGUCUCUCUCCCUCUCUCUUUAACAAGCCUGUUUUGAUUAUUUAAUUGAUACCUUUUCUGUAGCAUUCGGUUUGAAUGUACCAAGGAUAAGUAUUGUUUUUCCGUUGGUUUAGUUUAUUAUGCACAAAGAAAAAAAAAAGGCAAAACAAUAUUGAUUGUUGAGAUUGUAGAUGAUAAAAAAUCAUUUGGACAGUUAUGAAUUC